AUGUCUCCCAUGUGCGGUAUUAUUCUGGCGGCCGUAAGAUGUUACGUGUUGCACUGUGUACCCUUACCAAGCGAGUCACCGGUGGCAACUCCGCUUCCACCACCGGCAAAUGAUCAAACUGGACUUUCAAGAGGCACAUUAGACCUGCUGGUAGGCCAUCAAAAUCAACCAGAAACCGAUGCUCUGAUGCACACCGACCAUCGUCAUCAACACCAUCAACACCACCAUCACCACCAUCACGGCAAUCACAAGAAGAAGCGCAGCUCUCAAUGCUCCCAUUCUGAUGAAGCCUAAUGAUCGACAUCAGAGAACCGGCCAAUUAAUCGGAUCCAAUUAGUCGACGAUGAAAGUACAUCCGCUGGAAGAGAGAAUCUUCCGAAGCGUCACAGACCAAAGUAGAAAACGAGAGAUCACCAAGUAGAUAAAGCUUUUGGAAAGUAAACCAAAGUAAACCUUGAGAGGAGAUAUUCAUCUCCCGGGACAGUCUGUACAUGUAUAUUAUACUCGAUUCUUUUAUCUUUUGUAACUUUCUAUAUAUACAUAUAUUCAUACAUAUACAGUACAUACUAUAUAUAUAUAUAUGUAUAUUACGUGUAACACGUAACGUGUACUCAGUUUGAAAUAUCGCUGAGGAAAGUGCACUUUUCUAUCUCGUAUGCUAGCUGAGCUUUAUCUAACCUCGAUAUCACUUUAUCGGCCACUGAUAUUUGCUUUUAGAUGGAAAUCGAGCUACCCCAAGAACGUGAACUUCCUUUCGGAUGUAAAUUAUCCGGGGUUGAGAAAAUUUGAAGGGUGAGAAGCGACAGUAUCUCUUGUACGGGCGAUCUUUUUAAAUCCUUUUUUAUACCCGUUUCCAUUGGGUUAUAAUUAACAGAAAGAAUAUAAAAGUAAUUGAUUAACAGAUUAAAAUGGAAUAUUCUGCUCUAUUUGAUCUACAUUUUCGAAGCUUUAAACGAGUUAAAUAUCUGUGGUGUCUGUUGGCUCAUUAGAAGAGAAGAUGGAAAUUUGACCUUUGAGGUCUCACGGUAUGUCCAGUCGUAUAAACAAUUCAGAGAACCUCUUCAUUACGGUUUCUGUCGGUUCAUUAGAAGACGUGAAAAAUUAAUCGCCUCACAUGUAACCUUUGGGAUAGCUUAUUACACGGUUGGCCCGAAAACUAAGAUUUUACCUGAAUUUUAUCCAGAUAUUCUUUUUCAUAUCUUGUUGCAUUUUGGUCAUCGAGUAACACAGUAGAUGUAAAUUGAAGUGCUAGAGAAUUUGUAGAAGACAAAUGAAUGUUACUGUUUUUCCACGACGAUAGCAUUAAACUGAGACGCGAAAUGAAAGGGACACUUCUUGCUAAGCACAAAGCACCCUGCACACAAUCGUAAACAAUUCGUUGCCAUUAUGAAAGACAAGUUCUUUCCUUUCGAAAACCAAUGAAAGCUUUGUACAAAGAACAUGUUACGUAUAUAGAAUAGACGUGCUGUAUGUAUAUUUCGUACUAAACGAUUGAAACAUGAACAACUUGAGAGAAAAUACCAAAAUAAAAAGAAUAAAACAUGACAGAAAAUGCUUGAACGUCGUUAUAAAAAGAGGGUAGGUAUCGAAAAAUAAAUCAAUUUAACAAUUGGUUUAAGUGAUAACACUACCAAAAUUGACGAGAAAAUUAAAAGUAUUGAGUACGAUUUUACGUGCCAAUUUAUAAUAACUUCAAAGUGGUUCUGUUGAGUUGUAAUAUUAAAUGACGAUAGUAUAUUCUAAUAAAUAUUCGUUCUUGUUGCAAUCUUCUUAUGUAGCUUCUCACGUAUGUUAACAUAUAUCCAAACAUACGUGUAUAUGUAAAUGCGAAACGUAAGAUAAAAUGCGACGUUAAAGUCUAAAACUAUUGGCCUAGUGUCAAUAACUUUACAAAGAAACUUCAUAAACAUCUUUCAAAUUUCAUGAAUCGUUGCAGCAUAUUUUUUAUCGUUUCGUUUAUUCAGGGUGUUCAUGUUAUUUAAAAAUCUCUCGAUCACCUCACUGAAUCGUACGAUAUACAUACCUAUACACUCAAACCAGAGCACAAGACUUUCGUUAGAAAAUCUAUUUUACUACAAGAUGUAGUAAAUUAUAGCACAUGUUCAUUGAAAAAAAAACAAGUUAGAAAUUUUGAAACGUGUCUACGAAAGAGAAAUCUACCCGAUUCUUUCUGGACAACUGUUGAAUGUUUUUCUACUUUACGACGUACAAUAAUUUCGAUAUAAAGAAAUUAAAGAAGCUUCGAUGGAAAACCUUCUCAUGGCUGAUCAACGGAAUAUUCUACGGAAAAUAAGUACUUUUCUAAUAAAAGUAUACAAAUGUAUAACCGUUUAUUCUUCGAAUUAUUGUGCACCAAUACAUUUGUUUUUAUAAAGAUACCCAUAAAAUAUACAUUGUAAUGCGGCGUAUUAACAAUUAUAAA